AUGUUUGCCAGACCGUACGUUUGUUCAAUCUGCAAAAGGCCUGCAGUAGCUAGGCUCUUGAAACAACCGCAGAGUCAGUACCUACAUGCGUCAUAUCCUUUGGGCCUUCCUCGGCGAAAGGAUUUCUUUUCUUCCAAUGCCUUCCUCACUCAAAAGCAAAUCAAUCCCGGCGACCCAUCCCAAGAAUCGCAGUUGGAGAAUCAAAAACAGCGCCGAAGGGGGGCUAGAACCCCCGCAGCACCAACAUCGCUUCGAAGAGUGGCAGUGGAGGCCCAGCGGUCGAAAGACGGAUUCUUAUCCAAGGCUCAAAUAAGAGAGCAAGGGCUUUAUCAAACUAAGGUUGCAACAGAAGUAACAGCUUAUGCCGUAGCGGAGCAAUUCGACAUCCGCAGAGUUCGAGAAAUUCUCCAAGAGAAAGGUUACGAACCAGACCCGUUCCACACAGGGCUAUAUCCCCAAGUCGUCCAUAUUCAGGUUCCCAUAGAUUCGAUUCGGCGUGUGAGUAAUCCAAGUGCGACCGACCUGUCCUCCGAUGAAGUCGGCGACAUAUUCGUUUUUCCUUCAGGCACUGUCGUGGCCUGGGCACUGCCCGAAGGGUUCACCUCUUUCUUGGCAACGAGGACGCUCCUCCCGGCAGCAGAAGGUGCGCACAUAGAGAAAUUGGAGACGGAGGAUCUGGAAUACGUCGAAGACCCGCAACGGGAAAACAGCAGUAUUAAAGGCGAUACCAUCAUACUUGGCACCAAGUCCAGUCAUGAUAGCUCUGAUUCGGGCAUAGGGGGCCGGCAGUCUGUAGAUACAGUGCUCACGAAGGUGGCAUUCUCGUCAGGGCUGGCUCGGAGUACGAAACUGGCGGUGCUUGAAUCGUUGCUAGCCGACUAUUUCAAGUCGACUCGGAAGAUUCCGACACUUCUGUCGCAAGGUUCCCGCUUGCCGUAUACUAGAGAUUUUAUCCUCCGCAAGACCGGCCAGUUACUGAGUGUACGAGCUCAGCUAAAUCUUUAUUCCGAGCUCACAGACUCGUUGCCCGAUCUUUUCUGGGACAGCCGACAUGAGCUUGGUUUAGAGGGCUAUUAUGAACAGGUAGGGAGAGCACUCGAUGUGGGCAUUCGCAUCAAACUUUUGAACGAGAAAAUGGAUUACGCACAGGAGAUAGCAAGUGUUCUUCGAGAACGACUUAGUGAAACACAUGGGCUCCGAUUGGAGUGGAUCAUCAUUCUGCUCAUUGCCGUGGAGGUAGGCUUCGAAGUUCUGCGGCUUUGGAAGGAAAGGGCCCAAGAACAUGAAGCACGUGUUGAGCAGGAGUCUGGAGCUUGA